CCCAGGCACACAGGUGAUCUCUGAUCUCGCGCCACAUUCGAUCGGCGCACUCAAACGUCACUGGUGCCCAGGUGUGGACCAACGUUGCUGACGGGGCAUAACGGCGCCACAUCACUUAACCUUUGAACCACCACAACACCUCUCUGUCGCUCUCUUCUCUCACUCUCCCAAUCCAACCCUCAUUAUGUCGACCUCUAAGUACAUCUUUCUCCUGGCAAUCGCCAUCCUGGUGCUCUUGCCGGCACCGGCUGCCGCUUUCGGCGCGGGCAACAUCGCGUCCAUUUCCAAGGUUGAGGGCCACAACUGGCGCCAUGGCGAUAUCGAGGACAUGCUGGCCACGGUCGCCUGUCUGCGAGGCCACAAGUGGAAUUCGAUGAUGAUCAAGCGAGUCUACUUUGGCAACUGGCUGCGCGACUACUCACAGGCCGUUGAUGUUGGCACCCUCAAAGGCGUCCAAGCCGAGACAAUCCGUAUAUUGGUCUGGAUCCUUGCAUUCAUGUCCUUUGGCUAUGCUACUGCCGAGUUCGAGGUGACUAGUGAGCGCUUGGGUGUUUACCGGCCCGAAGAGCACAUCGACAAUCCAAAAGACUACGCCGACAACGUGGAUGCCACCAAGUUUGAUCCUCGGUUACGGCCUAUUGUGUCUCCGCAGGAGCUAGCAAUCGAUCCGAAUACAGGCAUGAAAAAUUACAUUGCAAAUGAGUACGGUGGUUGGGCUACAUCCGCUGGCUACAUCAAGUUCUCGUUCUCCCGAGCAAUCCACUAUGGGCGUAUGUACACUCAUGGCCAAACCCGUGGUCGUGAGGAAGAUCUCUGUGAAGCUUUAAGAUGCUUGGGCCAAGGCCUACACUGUCUGGAAGAUUUUGGCGCUCACACUAACUACACCGAACUCGUUCUACGUGAGCUAGGUUUCACAAACGUCUUUGCUCACACCGGAACGGCCAGUCAGAUCAAUCUCCAUGGAAAGCACGUCUUUCCUCUUGUCACUGGCACCUUCGGUGGAGUCGACUUCCUGCAUUCCGUUCUCGGCGAAGCGAAUGAUCACUUCACGCAAUCUGAAGUCGACGAAGUAAACACAGCACUGGCAGACGCUGUAGCUGGCAACAAUAAGCGCGGCCCCGGUGGUGAAUCUGGGUGCGAUGCAUUGACGGGUCUCCUAUCUAAAGUCCCGGGCACUGGAAAUCUAAUAGAGGAGGCUAGGGUACUUCAAGCUCAGUCAGAUCGCCAGUUCGAAGAGAACUCUCGAGCCACAAGCGGUGGCUACAGUCAGGACCCCUACGGUAGCUAUGGACAAGAUCCAUAUAACAGCUCUAGAGCUGCUCCAGUCCCCCAACAGCACCAGUCCACGAACUUUGCUGCCCCUCCUGGCUCUGUGGGAGGCCCUCCAGGACCCGGCAUCCCAGGAAUGAACCCAAAUCUGGACCCGUCCAUUAUCGUGCCUAAGAUCUACCCCAUCCUCGCCUUCCGCGACAAUGUCGUCCGAUCGAUCUCCGCCAUUAUCUCCAAGAUCCCCGGACUGGAGAAGCUCAUCGACACCAUCACGGAGCGAGUGACACUAUUUGUGCUCUCCCUCCUCGCCCCGUUCAUCCAACCCAUCAUUGCUGCCGCUACAAAGCAGCUAAAGGAAGGAUCCUCCGCUGUUGUCGACAGCAGCGCAAACCACCAGUACGAGCCAUGGACGGAUCCGCAUUGCACCGACCCGACCCACUCCCUAUUGUCCAAAGAUCACUUCAGCAAUAUCCUCAACGAGCCCGCUGGUCAGGUCGCGGCCGCCAUUCUGCAAUAUGUCGCGCCGCGUAUCGUCUAUGCCUGGGAUCAUCCCGACGUUCCAGUCGACCAAGUUCUGAACGAUGUUGUCCGCGUUUUCCACCACCCGGCUAUCCGCGAUCCCAACUGCGAAGUCCACAGGAGCAUGUUCGACGUCGUCAAGCGGUGGGUGGCUGACCGCGGAGACCGUGGACAUUCCUUGAACAACAUCCUCUCGUCUGAGAGCGUACGCGCCGGGAAGAACCACUCUGGUGACAACGACCACUCUCACGGCCAAGGGCAGCAUGGGCACUCUGCUCACCAGGCCAGCGCGGCCCAUGGUGGUCAGUCUCAAGGCCAGCAAUCUGGGUUUCCCAACCUUUCUAACGUCAACAUCCCCGGAAUUGGUAACCUUGGCAAACUCUCCUCGGGACCCUUUUCUCUGCUCAACCCGAACCGCCCACGAGAUAUUGACUUUGAAGGCGCUAGCUCAGAUCCCUAUGCUCGUGGUCCGUCACCGCAGCCAUCGCCUGGCUGGGGCACUUUCCAGCCCUACGAGAGCCAGUACGUGGGCGGUUUAGCGCCACAAGACUAUGCUUACCAGGCAGCGCAAGGGGGUGCCUAUGAUCACGGACAGUAUGGUGCUGGUGCUCACGGACAGUAUCAUGCUAGUGCCGGUGGUCCAGGCGUAGCAGAUCACGCGUAUACAGUGCCGACGGCCUAUCAGCAAGGGUAUGAGCCGUAUGGACAACCACCACCGCCGGAAGGCGGACAGGGGCAGUGGAGCGGAUAUGGAAGUGGCCCUUACACUCAAUACUAGAUGCAGGUCGUGGCGUUUUGAGCUAGGCUGGGAUAUCAUGGCGGUGGUCUGGGGUGUGAAGGUGGAGUCUUGGUAGUGAUACGGGAUAGGGUGUUUUACAAGGU